AUGGAAGACCCCAAUCUGACCGAGGCGCCAGGUGCCGCGCAAUGCCCUUCCUCCCAGUCGGUUGAGCUCAAAGACUCCUCAGGAAGACCCCAUUGUGGUCAGCCUAUCGCUGGGGCCACUCCCUUGGGUACUCCUGUCGGCGCAUCUGAGAACGAUGCUGAGUCUCCUGGGUCAACUCCGCUCCCCUCUUCCGCGUUCAAGAUGGCAGAGGGGUCAACCACCAACUCCGGUGCCUCCAUUGAGCCUUCUUCACCAAGCACAAUUCGCGGUGUCAUGACCCCAAAGCCUGGGUCAGCAGAUAUAUCAGAUGGCAAUGCCGAUCUUGAGGGGUCAUCUUCGGUCUCUCAUGAAGAGGCCGUGUUGAAUCUUGAAGACAAGCUUCGCCAAUUUGAAUCCCAACUACGAGAACGCAAUGAGCCCAGUUCAGUUCUCACGGUCCCCUAUCCAUCUCUGAAGCGCAAGAUGCAAGAUGAACUCUAUGACCCCGUUUCCAAAAAGAUGAAACCAGCGUCUCAAGUCAGCCCGGAAAUGGGCUCAUUAUCGACGGAAGUUGCAGGUCGAUAAGUCCUAGACCGUUGCUGGAGGCGUUGCCAACGGGUUACUGUGCACCGAGAGAACUCUAUGAUGACAUCGACGCCCAGUUGCCGGACAGAGGGUAUUGGUUUUGGGAAUGGUUUUGGGGGAAGAUAUCUUCCGACAUUAGUUUUGAGAGGCAGGACUUACAUGCUAUUUUGGGUUCAUUUGGCAGCAGAGAAAGCCGUCUAAACACUUGCAUCUUGUCACUUUUGGGUGUAUAUAGAGAUCUUCUUGAGGUCAUAUCUGAGCUAAAGAGUUACUCUUGGUUG